UACUGCACGUCGAGCGCCGCAGCUCUUUCACGGUGCGCUGGUCCCAGUGUACUAAUCUCGAUCGCUGAUUCGAUUAAUCCAUAAUUUGACCACAAAGAGCAGAGCCCGCCCCAGCCUAUAAGUUUUACUCAUCACGGUCCAUUUCCAAAUUCAUCAAUUUCAGCCAAGACUUGCCGCAGCAGUUGGAACGUACGGUAGAAAAUCGACGAUAUGAUGGACGACUGGCGCCGUAGGAUGCCUACUCCACACUUGACGACCGCCAUGCCGCAUUACCACGGGCUUGAUUUUGGACGUACGAUGCCACUUCGACAUCCGCCGGCAACAGCACACGGUAGAGGUGCCUUUGACACUUCGCCUCAAAGCUUCAUUCCGUUUUCUCAUCCACUGGCUCCCAUACCAAUACCAAUGGCUAGUAGAGAGCUGCCGAUCGCGCCAUCUUCCUCACUUGUCUCCCCACAAAUACCAGCCUCUUCCACUGACAGCUCAAGGCAGCAGAACGUGGAGAAGAAACGUUGGCAAACUGCUAAUUUUCGAUGGAUGUUUACGAAAAGAAAAGCUGCAGUAACAAGUGUCUCGGAAAAAGAGGAAGCAAGCUCUGACAAGAAGCAAGAAACGACAGCAAGUCAAAAGAAGAGGUUCACCUUCACACAAAGACAACUGGUUGAAUUGGAGAAGGAGUUCCACUUUAGCAAAUAUCUUACAAGGACAAGACGAAUUGAAAUAGCAUCCAACUUGGAACUUACAGAAACACAGAUUAAAAUAUGGUUUCAAAAUCGGCGAAUGAAGUGGAAAAGAGAACUUAAAGAGUCUAUUCGAAAACAGGGAGUAAACGAGUCACCUGCGGCUCAAUUUAACCCUGGGUUUCAUCAAGGUUUCCAGAGGUCUCUUCGAGAUAGUGUUCCUUCUUAUCAACAAAGUGCCCCAGAAAUUUUUGUCCAACAUGCGACACCUCCAUAUUUUCCAAACUAUCUAUCGCUUUAAUCUUCAAAAUAUCAGAACUCUAAAUGAAUUUGACUCGAAAAAGCAUAUAAGUUAACACGAAGAUAUAUCGAUUUAAGGUACCUCUUCCAACUGAUAAAGGUUUAACUGUGCAAAAGAUCACAAAAAAUACAGUAUGAUGUUAUUUUUCUUGACUAUUUCUCACAGGCAAAUACUUUUUGAGUUUCCAUAGCCAGAGCAGCAAAAGCGUCCCCCUAAUUGAAGAGCAUUUUAAGCUGAAGUGAACAUCUGAUAAAAUCUUAUCAAAACAAAACAUACAAAGAGCUGAACAAAACCAAAGGGAUUAGAAAGGAAAUGGCACUUUAAAAAAAACUACCAAGUACAAAAACUGCGCCUUUACAAAGAAAAUCUAUACCUUUGGUCGACAAGUUUGGAUUUUCGCUCCAGCUUAGCCCCUAAGGAAGAUCAUUAACAGGUCCACAUCGUGAACAACGAGAUAACACAAGAACCACAAUCUGCCACCCAGCCAAAUGGAACGCAUCAAGAUCAUUUCUGUGCACUAUAUGGGAAACCGAGUGAGGCUUGGCGGUGUAAAACUCGGCAACAUUGUUUAUUAGAAUAUUCCAUCAUUUCUUUUCAUUUAGGCUGUCAGCCUGUUGUUACUUUCAGUUGAUCUAGCUGUUCCGUCGAGUUGUCUUUGAUAUGAAGGAAGCACAGUCAUUAGUCACUGUCUCUGUGUAUUGUGUUUCGAACAAAAGGGUGGUAACCCCAUGGACAUCAGACAUGCGCCCCAUCAGUUAAGAUGGAUCACUGGGUCGGCAUUACAACGAAACGUUUUGAUGCAGGUGUGCAAAGACAACACAGAACACAGGAAUACUACAACUGGACAAAAGCUCUUCUGGGAACUCAAAGCUUUUUGUUUACAUUCCUUCUUAAUUUCUGAACCUACAAAUCUUGACAACCUAACAAUAUUUUUCAAAUAGACUGCAGAGAACUUAUGUAAAAAUACAAAGAUAUGCCAUAUCUAUAUAUAAAGAUUUGCCAAUGAAUAUUAG